CCGAGGUGACUGCUUCGCUGGCAUCAUGGCCCCGCGGAAGGUAGCCCUGGUCCUGGCCGGCUGCGGCGUGUUCGAUGGAAGCGAACUGCACGAAGCCUCGGCCGUCAUGGUUCAUCUCAGCCGCAGCGGGGCGGAGGUAAAAAUAUUUGCUCCUAAUAUGGAACAGAUGCAUGUAGUUAAUCACUUGUCAGGCAACCCAGCAGAAGAGAAGAGAAAUGUUUUAGUGGAAAGUGCCAGGAUUGCACGAGGUAAUAUUCAAGAUUUGGCAGACCUGAAGGUCAGUGAGUUUGAUGCUGUUAUUUUUCCUGGUGGAUUUGGUGUAGCCAAGAACCUCUGCUCCUGGGCUGUGGAUGGAAAGGAUUGCACUGUCAAUAAUAUUGUCAAGGCUACUCUGCAGGCCUUCCAUAGUGCUAAGAAGCCUAUUGGGUUGUGCUGUAUAUCUCCUGUGCUGGCAGCCAAAGUCUUCCCUGGUUGUGAAGUCACAGUCGGCCAUGAUAAAAAUGUGGAUGGAAGGUUUCCUGAUGCUGAAACAGCCACUGCUAUACAAGAACUUGGAUGCAAGCAUGUUUGUAAGGAUGUGGGUGAAUCCCACGUGGAUUCUACCAACAAAAUCGUUACUACUUGUGCUUUCAUGUGCAAGGCUCCUCUGCAUGAGAUUUUUGAUGGAAUUGGAACAAUGGUGGGCGAAGUCUUAAAGCUGGCUUGAUUUGCUAUUCUGACUCUUGUUCAGCAUCAAUUUAGUGUAAGAGCAAUGGUUUUAAUAGGACACUUGGAUGCCCUGGAUCACUCCAAUAAAAGAUUCGAUUGUAGCCAA